AUGAAGCGAAAUAGCUUGAAAAUCUGCAGCCGCUGCAUUGGUCGAGACAGGAAGAAAACCCCUCACGAGCCCUACUUCUUUAGCGCUGCGAACAACCUUGACUUCGGGGAAGUCCCCGGCAAUCUACCUGAUCUAACAAUGGUCGAGGAGAUGCUCAUUGCUAGGGUUCACGUACACGUGAAGGUCCUGCAGCGCGCAAACUCUCCACCGGAUGCCGCUGCCUUCCAUUCGCAGGGCCCCUAUCGACGAAUUCAACCGUUCCCAGCCGCUGCUAACGCUCGCGUUCCUACCCUCUACCCUGACGGCAAGGCCGACUUCGUGGAGCCUCGCCUACGGAGCAUCACGUACCAGGACUACCUUGGCCAUGCGAUGAGAUGGCAUGACGGACGUUUUGCCCGCCAUAAGACGUGGCCUUUCGUCGCCCUCAACACGCUGUUACAGGAAGCGAUGGCUGAGCCUGACGAGCCAGAGGCUCAGGACCUGAUCCAGUCGAUCACGCGCCAAGCCGCGGAAUUGGAAGCAUAUGCCUACAAUCUGGGCAGACCUGGCCUUUUCGUUACUGCAAAGUGGAAAGCAGCUCCUGAGGCGGCGCGCAUGGUCCUGUCCCGGCAACUACUGCGAGACAACGCCCACAUCGCCGCUUACCACUUCCAUAAGCGUUAUACGCUGUUUAGGACUACUGUCCUGAAGCAGAAGUUCAACCUAACGGACUUUUGGGGCCGUUACGAUCCGGAGCAAUUCGCCCGCAUCUGGGGAUAUCACGUAUCUGCUGUCAACCCAGAGCCUCAGCGAAUACAGGGCGAGAGGAACGAUGGCCAGAUUAACCACUACAACCGCUUGCUUACCGUUGCGUGGCUAGCCAAUACAGAUGUUUCGCCCUGCACGAGCCUCCAGCAGGUAAUCGAUUACGCGGCCAAAUACUGCUCCAAGUCGGAAAAGAAGAGCGAGUCUUUUGCCCAGAUUGGGAAGGCUUUGAUGUCCCGGGUCAAGGACCACAACCCCCUGAUUUCCUUCACGUCAAAGCUCCUUAAUCAGCUGGUUGCUGAGCGGGAUUACUCGAAGCAGGAGGUCAGCCACUUGCUCCUCGGCCUGCCGUUACAGGAAGGCUCACGAACCUGCCUGUACGUUGACUGUCGUAAUCCUGACAGGCAUUCCCGCUCCCUCCGUAUUGAUGGCGAUGAGGUUGACGAGGCCCCCAACGUUUUCGAAAAGUACUGUCAACGCCCGGAAGCCCUAGCGGACCUAAACUACGUCUCCUUCCUGAAGUGCUGGAAUUUCCGCCCUAGGGACCCUUCCAAGUGGAAGCAAUGGCAGCCAGGCAACGUUAACGUCAUGGUGAUGACCAUUACGGAGGAUCUUGACCUACUUGGCCGCCGCGAUAUCGACGUCAAUUACGACUGGACACGGCAUGUGGGUACUUAUCCGGAACUUCGAGACGGCUACUGGAAAGACCUUAUCGCUAGCCACCCCAUGGCCAACGAUGUCGAGGUCCUUGGCCCUCACUGGCGUAAUACGCUGAACCCACAACAACGGCUCGUGUACGACACAUUCAUGGGUCACUUCCAGGCGCAAAUCCUACUCAAAUCCUUCUCCACGUUGAUGGCGGUGGUGGCACAGCAGCCGCCCUACCGAAUUCUAGCCCUAUUUGCCGCGUGGCGCCAACAGGCGUUGCGAUCCCGCCUACGGCACGUCAAAUACCUCGUUAUCGAUGAAAAGAGCAUGCUAGGGCUUGAGCAGCUCGCGCGGAUCGAUUCCCGUCUGCGGCAGGCCUUUCCACAGCGUAGCCUCGAGUUCUUCGGUGGUCGCCAGGUUGGUGAUGACCAGGCCCAGUUCCGUCAGGCGUUACAGGAACUGCGUGAAGCCAGGUUGACGCAGAGCGAGGUUGACGGCUUCAGGACCGCUUUGCGAGUGUAUUCUACAAAGGCCCGGGUCGAGGCAAAGAAUCAAGGCAACGGCGCGGGACAGGCAUCAAGCGACAGUGCUGGCAACCUAUCUAACAAGUUCCCUGUUGCUAAGGGCGCCGACCCGUUGGAAGACCCCCCAGCCGUUAUUAUGGUGGACUUUGAUAUCUACGACGGACCGCCGUAUCUAACAACUAACGAGGGCAGGAAAAUCUCACCCAUCCUCCCAAGCCUAACGAAGGAUCAAAUAGUUACUGAUCUCGCUACACGCGACUUCCAGGCCGGCAUUAGCUAUGUUGCUGUCUCACGGGUUACGUCGCUGCAAGGCUUACUCCUUGAGGUGCCUUUCGAUCGUCAGAGCCUCUAUAACCACACGCCGACGGAAGGGAUGAAGAUGCGCCUCGCUGACCAACAACGGCGUCAGGGUCAACAGCUGACCGACCCACCAUAUCCACCACGCUACCUUGACUAA